AUGCUGCCAGUCUGCCCCGAGCCGUCAGAGCUGCCCAGGUCGUGCCCCGAGCCGUCAGAGGCUGCCAGUCUGCCCCGAGCUGCCAGUUCUGCCCGAGCCGUCAGAGCUGCAGUCUGCCCCGUAGCCGUCAGAGCUAGCCAGUCUGCCCCGGCCGUCAGAGCUGCCAGUCUGCCCCGAGCCCCGUCAGAGCUGACCAGUCUGCCCCGAGCGUCAGAGCUGCCAGUCUGCCCCGAGCCGUCAGAGCUGCCAGGCUGCCCCGAGCUGCCAGGCUGCCCCGAGCUCCAGUCUGCCCCGAGCUGCCCCGUCUGCCCCGAGCUGCCCGAUCUGCCCGAGCUGCUCCAUCUUGCCACCGAGCCGUCAGACUGCCCGGUCUGCCCCGAGCUGCCCGUCGGCCAAGCACCGUCAGAGCGGCCGUUCUGCCAGCACCGUCAAGCGGCCCGUCGUGCCAAAGCACCGUCAGAGCGGCCCGUCUGCCACAAGCACGUCAGAGCGGCCCGUCUGCCAAGCACCGUCAGAGCGGACCUGUUUUCUGCCAAAGCCACCGUCAGACGGCCCGUCUGCCAAGCACCGUCAGAGCGGCCCGUCUGCCAAGGCACCGUCAGAGCUGCCCGUCUGGCCAGGGCACCUGCUCUCGCCCCAGGGCCUAAGUGUUUAGUGAAGCUCUGCGAAAGCUUGCCCGACCUCCAUGAUGAGCAGUAUGCCCUGCAGACCUGUAUGGUCUUAUACGACAGCACGAGGGCCCACCAGGAGAACACCCUUGUCCUGCCGCUGUGUAAACAAAAUAAGAGGAUAGUGUACACUGUUUUAGAGUACAGCCCCUUGCUGGACUCUUGCAAUAUGACCACAGAUGACUGGGCUACAAUUGGGAAGGACAUUGAGAAACACUAUGAGAAGUAUGACGGUUUUGUCAUUCUCCACGGCACGGACACCAUGGCCUACACAGCAUCUGCUCUGUCCUUCAUGUGUAAGCAUCUGGGGAAGCCUGUCAUCCUCACCGGCUCCCAGGUGCCGAUCUAUGAGAUGAGGAACGAUGGAAGAGACAACCUGUUGGGGGCGCUGCUGAUCGCUGGUCAGUUUGUCAUUCCUGAGGUUUGUUUGUAUUUCCACCACAAGCUGUACCGGGGGAACCGUGUAACCAAGGUGGAUUCUGGGAGUUUCAAUGCCUUCAAUUCUCCUAACCUGGCUCCUCUGGCCAAUGCUGAAGUGGAUAUUAAAAUUAACUGGGACACGGUGUGGCGAGCGAACACAACCGCGCAGUUCAGAGUGAGCACUCUGAUGAACCGUAACGUGGGUCUGCUGAGACUCUUCCCAGGCAUCACUGCUGUGACUGUGAAGUCCUUCCUGCAGGCGCCCAUGGAGGGCAUUGUCCUGGAGACGUAUGGUAGUGGAAACGCCCCUGACAACCGUGCUGACCUGCUUGAGGAGUUCCGGAAUGCCACAGAGAGGGGCGUGAUCAUGGUCAACUGCACCCAGUGUCUGAGGGGUUCUGUCACCACAUCGUACGCCACCGGAAAGGCCUUGAGUGACACAGGACUGGUGGCAGGCUGUGACAUGACUCCUGAGGCUGCCCUGUGCAAGCUGUCCUACGUGCUGGCCAGGACGGACCUCAGCAAAGAGGCCAAAAUAAAGAUGCUGAGUCAGAACCUGCGGGGAGAGAUGAUCGCUGACCUGCAGGGGGCCAAGCUCACUCUGAGCGACAGUCGCUUCAUCCAGGUCAUCGCCAAGUCCCUGAGCAUCAGCUGUAAGGAGGAACUAGAAGCCGUCCGGGAUGCUCUGACCCCCAUCUUAGCUUGUGCCGCUUCUAAGAUAGGAGACUUGGAGGCCUUGGAUGCCAUAAAGGAGAUGGGCAGUAACCUAAGUCUGGGGGAUUAUGAUGGACGUACCCCUCUGCACAUCGCUUCCUGUGAGGGCCACCUKAAAGUGGUGCAGUAUCUACUGAGCCAGGGCGCCACUGUCUACGCCAAAGAUCGCUAUGGGGACACACCCCUGCGCAAUGCUGUGCGCUUCAGACACAAAGAGGUGGUGAAGCUGCUGAGAAAGACUGGAGCUCAUUUCUCCAGGGAUGAGUUGGAGGAUGCCGGCUCAGAGCUGUGCAGUCUGGCAGCCAGUGCUGACAUUGAGGGCCUGGAGAUGUGGCACUUGGCCGGGGGAGACCUGGACACGGACACGCCAGGCUACGACGGGCAGACGCCGAUGGAGGUACUGGAGCUCAUUUCUCCAGGGAAGUUGGAGGAUGCCGGCUCAGAGCUGUGCAGUCUGGCAGCCAGUGCUGACAUUGAGGGCCUGGAGAUGUGGCACUUGGCCGGGGGAGACCUGGACACGCCAGGCUACGACGGGCAGACGCCGAUGGAGGUGGCUAAGGCUGUGGGGAAUGAAGUUGUGAUUGACUUCUUACACCAGGUCAGCCAGUACCACGCCCAGCCUCUGUUUAAAGAUGAUGCUGAGGUAAGUCUAGAAUGGCCACAGCUAGCUCUAUGGAUUCUCCUGUGCGUGGUGGUCGUACCUGUGUCUCCUCUCAUCGUAUGGUGAUGUGUUGCAUCUGAGUAUGACCUACAUGAGUAUCACUCGUUGUAGCCUGGCUUGAACAGGUGUUUUCAAAAUGGCUGCCUGGUUCAGUUCGAUUAGACAAUGACACAAACCUUUGCAGUAUGGUAGUCUGUCUGGCUUUUGUGCUUUGUUCCUGUGAUGGCCUCUAAGCUGUGUUGUCUGGUAUGAUGACUGCCUGGUGAGAUGUUUACUCUGAGAU